AUGGGUGGAACAGACGCGUCAAUUUCCUCACAAAUCCUGGAAAUCUCAGCCCUCUGUGCCGCUCAUUGCCUAAUCCCAGGUAUACUCCUGGUCACUACUGCCAAACGCUCAGCAUGGCGGUACCUCUCUAUUCCCUGUCUAGUCGCGAUCGCGCACAGAUCUAUACGCCUGGCCAAAAGCCUAGGGCCAGGUUUCAUCUGGUGUGAACUAGCCCGUCUCAUCGUGACAGUAAUCUUCCAAUCCCUGAACCUACUCCUUAUAAACCCAAAAGACAGCACCGACCUGCCUUCGGGGACCCAUGGUAUUAUCGCGCGUCUCUACUAUGCGACACGACUAUUUACUCAACCGCGUGGAAUUAACACGCCCUGGCAGAUCAAAAAUGCACCUGCACAGCCAGCCUAUUAUACGAAACGUGGUAUGACAGAGCCGCCUCGAGGUCGGUUUUUGCUUCGUCAUACUGCGAUUGCUAUUUUCCAGUACUUGGCGUUGGAUGUUUUCGCUACGCUUGCGUUGCAGCAGGCACAGGAGCAGAUGAAACAUCAAUUGUUGCCGCCCACUGUCCAGUGGGACUUGUCUGUUGAGCAGUGGAUUGAGCGGAUUUUCUCAAAUUUGGUCGCUGGAUUCGUGGUGAGCAGGAUGCUCAUCGAUCUGCACCAUCGCGUGUUCUCAAUUCUGCUUGUUGGACUUGGACUCGACUCUCCGUCGAAUUGUCCUCCUUUGUUUGGACGGGCAGCGGAUGCGGGAUCAUUGAGAGGAUUCUGGGGCAAAUUCUGGCAUCAAUUGGUGCGUGAACCAUUUGUCUCUGUCAGCACAUUUAUAACCCGUGAUAUAUUGGGUCUAUCCAAGUCUCCGCUGAAGCGAUAUACAAACAUUACUCUUGUCUUCCUCUUUUCUGGUGGAUUGCAUGUCAUCCUUGAUGUCAUUCAGGGUAUUCCAGGACACGAGUCUGGCGCGAUGCUACUAUUCAUGACAGCCCCGCUGGGUCUGAUAAUCGAGGACAGCAUCAAGAGACUCUGGAGAACCUGUACGGGGACCAGUCGUGCUGCCAAAAUUGGCGAUGGGGAGGCUCUUGCGCCGAUGUGGCAAAAGAUACUCGGGUUCUGUUGGGCAAUGGCGUGGCUGGGGGUCACUUCGACUUGGUAUUUCUACCCCCAAAUGCUGCGACCUGAGAAUCAGGCCCUUGUUCCAUUUAGCCUGGCGAGUCGAAUUGGAUUGCCUGUCGUGACAGGGGCUGUUCUCGCUGGGGGUGCCCUGAUCGCGUUUGUGUUUGAAGUCGAAGUGUGA